GCCAACCCCGCCCGGGAUGGCGGAAGUGGAGGCGCCGACGGCGGCCCAGAAGGACCAGAAGGAAAGUGGCGCCGUCAUGGACGUGGAGCGAAGCCGUUUCCCCUACUGUGUGGUGUGGACGCCUAUCCCGGUGCUCACAGCAUUGCUCAGCUCUGACUUAUGGUGGUUCAGGGGACUGAACCUGGGACCUGGCAUGAAAGUGUUUGCAUAGCCAUUAUGCUGUCUCCACGCUCUUCUUUCUUUUUUGAUAGAGAUGAAAGACAGGUGGUUUUUCCCAUUCAUCGGCCACAUGGGCAUCUGCACAUCCACAGGCAUCAUUCGGGACUUCGCUGGCCCUUACUAUGUCUCAGAAGACAACAUGGCCUUUGGGAAACCUGCCAAGUACUGGAAGUUGGACCCUGCUCAGGUCUAUGCUAGUGGGCCCAAUGCAUGGGACACAGCUGUGCAUGAUGCCUCUGAGGAGUACAAGCACCGCAUGCACAGUCUCUGUUGUGACAAUUGCCACUCCCACGUGGCAUUGGCCCUGAACCUGAUGCGCUACAACAACAGCACCAACUGGAACAUGGUGAUCCUCUGCUUCUUCUGCAUGCUCUAUGGGAAGUAUGUCAGCAUUGGGGCCUUCGUGAAGACCUGGCUGCCCUUCGUCCUCCUCUUGGGUGUUAUCCUAACCAUCAGCCUGGUCUUAAACCUUCGGUGAUGGCUUCCUCGUGACCCUGAAUCCACCAGACUCCUAAGGAGGAAGCUGCCACUUUUUUGGUUCCAGAUUCUUUUCUUCACCCUGAAAGACAGGGAUGAACCUGCUGGUUUUGACCCAGGGUCUGGACAAGUGGCUGGAAUAAGGACUGAGGACACGCACGGGGCAUGGGUGUUUGUUUAUUGUGUCUCCUGGUCACUCAGAAGUUCCCUGUCCCCCUCCAUUCCAGACUGUGACCCCUGUCCUUGAGGAGCCCUCUGUUCAUCUUUUGGGAAGACCUUUGCUUCCCUCUGUAGGGUUGCUGCUUCCACUGCCUGCUGGGCUCCCUGUGCCCGUUGAGAGCAGGGAAGAUGUUUAGACCAGCAGAGAAGGCCACACGGGCAGAGCUGGAUCUGGUCUGGUGGAGAUGCUAAAAAUUCUCCAUAAGCUAAGCUGCCCGUGGACAUUCAGCACUGGCCUGCAGAAGGGUCCAGUGGACUGGAGCCCUCUUCCCCACCUGGUGUUCAUCAGAAGCUUUACUAGGGGUGGUUGUGCCACAGGCAUCCGCCAGCCCCUGUUGCCCUUCCUCCCACUCUCCUAGAGCCUCCUGGCACUUGGAGGCUUUAGCUGCAGUUUGAGGCCUGGGCACUUCCAAUCCCGCUGAAGAGUGAGCGAUGCUGACAUGACCAGAGUGAGCCCUGUAGCCAAACCAAUAUAAGAACACUAGGCCCCAGCCCCAGGUGUAGGCCUUGUGCUAGUGAUCUGCAUCCCUUGGGUCCAGGGUUGGGGUAUGAGUGGGGCUAUGAGAGCAUCGAGAGCCAUCAAGGAGGGGUGGGUGGUGGUAAUGGCCUGUGCUGUCCCACUCACCCUACUCCACGAAUCUUCUGUGUGGGACUCCCUGGGCAAAACAAUAAAGAGUUUUUACUUCUGA